CGUUUGCAGCAGACCGCCCAGAAGAGCCGUGGAGUCACAGAGCUCCGGUUCUCCUUCUGUUUGCGGAUCGUAACGGCUUCAUAUCAAGGCGUUUGCACCACGAGACUGGCCUAAACGAUCGGCGUUUAUCUUCUUCACUUCUUCUCUGGCGAUAAACCUGGCGAGCGCGCAGUAAUGGGAAGAUACGGCGUGUUUUCAUUAGGUCACAUCCACGAAGAAUGAUCUGUCGAUCACGUUUUACGAGCACAAACGUCCUUCUUCACGCACUGGACGUAGACUUUCGGAGCACUGGAGAGUUUUGAGCAUGCACUGCGCUUGAACAGAGCAAACCAACAGUUUUUACAAACACUUGAACCGAAUUUAGGCUCUCGUCGCUUCGCUGACUGUCUUGAUUUGCUCUCUGGAUGUAUUUUCGCAGCUCUUGUGUCCUGGAGUGGUGUGCACCGUGCCAAAAACGCGUAGAUGUUGUGAAAUAACCCAUGAUGGUGCAGUUUUGGCUGAGAUGUGUCUUAUUUCUUUCACUAAACUUCAGCGUUGCUUUGUUUUGCCACGAGUCUUCAUCAUCAUCAUCAGCAGCAGCAGCAUCAUUAGAAAGCAUUUGUGUGGAUCCACGUUGAUGCUUGCCUUUUAAUGCAUUUUAAUAUACACGAAUGUGACGCUUUCGGGUCUUCUGUUUGCUCUUCAUCUUCAGAAAUCUGUGUGAUCGUAUGGAUCUUGCAUGUAUUGUGAUUGAUGUGUGAUACAUGCGUGACAGUGCACAAUAAGUUCAUAAAGCUCAUCAUCAUCUUCAGUGUGUUUGCAGGCAUUUUCUCGCCUAAGAAGGUGUUUAAUAUGCAUUAUUGACACAUGUUGGCUGUGCAUACUAAUAUGGAUUUCACAAAUGCUGCUUUGAGUUUUUAAAAGUACAUUUAUGUUCAUAUAAGCGCGUGAUACCAUCGUUGCCAUUUUCAGAAAGCAUUUUGCUUGCUUUUGAGGCGUUUUAAAAUGCAUUAAUGUAAUAUCUGUUGGCUGGAGUUCAUUUAAGUCCAUAUAGUUUCAACUUCGUGUCCUAGAUGUGCAUUAACAGCGUGUAGGUUGUUUUGGCUGUGCUUAACACUUUGUUGCUAUUUGCAUUUAAGAGCUAGUCUCAUCUCGGUCUCCCAGAUGUGAUGUUGCAUGGCUGCUCUGAAACGAAAGGAAGCUGGUUUUGAAGCAGUGUGCGCGCAAUGACGCUGUUGUUGUGCGCAAAUGUGUUGACGCCACUUGUGUUCUCUUAAAUCGAUCGAUUCAGGAGGAUUUGGGCACUUUGAGCAGGAGAGAGUUGAGUUUGCACGACUACAGCGUCGCUCGCGCUGUCUAACCAAGUUUAGGUGCGUAUCCUUGUGCUUCAGUGGAGAGUUUAAAUGGUGCUCCGAAAGUUACCCGGUGUCUCUGCAUCGGGCAUGGGGCUUCGUCUGUCUCAGAAAUUCGUGUUUCUGCUGUUCCUGUCGGGGUUGGUUACACUCUGCUUCGGGGCACUUUUCUUUCUCCCCGACACCGUGCGCCUGAAGCGCAUCUUCCUCUCCAAGAACGAGAAUCCCGCGGUGACCGUGGGCUCCGACAGUGUGCUUUCAAAAAAGGUGCCCGGGGAUCCAGAGCAUCAGCGGGCGGGUUUAAAAGUGAGCGAGGGGGCGAAUGUCAAGCCUAAAGUGAGCCGCAAGCCCUCGGUCACCCAUGGAGCGAGAACCGUGGAGAGAUCUGUCGGGAGUAGAGCGCAGGACGAGAGGAGUCCGGCGAGGGCGCACGAACCGGCGGCCGGAGACGAGCGGGUCACCUCGGCCGCUCACAGCGGGGAACACGGCAGAGCUUACAGCUACGAGGCGUUUAAAAAGUGUCUGCUCAAACCAGCUUUGGGGAAGAACCAGGGAACUCCAUCAGACUCCGAGACGCUUCAGCGCAGGGAGAAAGUCAAAGAGAUGAUGAAGUUUGCCUGGGACAACUACAAACGUUACGCUUGGGGACAGAAUGAACUCCGACCUCUGACCAGGAACGGACACAUCGGGAAUAUGUUUGGUGGACUCCGAGGAGCUUCAAUCGUGGAUUCUCUGGACACGCUGUACAUCAUGGGUCUGAUGGAGGAGUAUGAGGAAGCCAAGGAAUGGGUCCAAAACAACCUGGACCUGAUCUCGAAUGGAGAGGCGUCCCUGUUCGAGGUGAACAUCCGUUACGUUGGCGGUCUUCUCUCUGCGUACUACCUGACGGGAGCUGAGAUAUUUAAGCAAAAGGUGGUAGAGCUGGGUGAGAAGUUGUUACCUGCCUUCAACACACCCACAGGCAUUCCCAGAGGAGUCAUUAACCUGGGCAGUGGCACCAGCUGGAGUUGGGGCUGGGCAUCGGCUGGCAGCAGCAUCCUGGCAGAGUUCGGCACGCUGCACCUGGAGUUCAUCCACCUGUCCCAACUGUCCGGAAACCCCCUGUUCACGGAGAAGGUGAUGAACAUCCGAAAGCUGCUGAAUAAGAUCGAGAAGCCUCACGGUCUGUAUCCCAACUUCCUGAGUCCCGUCAGCGGCAACUGGGUACAGCAUCACGUGUCUAUCGGAGGUCUCGGGGACAGUUUCUACGAGUACCUGAUCAAAUCCUUCCUGAUGUCAGACAAGACGGAUCAGGAGGCCAAGAAGAUGUACUACAGCGCCAUGGAGGCCAUCGAGACGAACCUGGUGCAGAAGUCUCCGGGUGGAUUGACGUAUGUGGCCGAGUGGCGAGGAGGAAUCCUGGAUCAUAAGAUGGGGCAUCUGGCCUGUUUCUCCGGAGGGAUGAUGGGCAUCGGUGCUGAGGACGAGCCGGCGGGACACAAGCAGCAUUACCUGGACCUGGCCGCUGAAAUCACACACACCUGUCACGAGUCCUACAGCCGCUCGGCCACCAAACUGGGUCCAGAGGCUUUCCGCUUCGAUGCAGGAGCCGAGGCCACAGCCACCCGAAUGAGUGACCGCUACUACAUCCUGAGGCCAGAGGUCAUCGAGAGCUACAUGUACAUGUGGCGUUUGACCCAUGACCCCAAGUACAGGCAGUGGGGCUGGGAGGCUGUUGAGGCGUUGGAGAAGCACUGUCGUGUAGACGCAGGUUUCUCGGGAAUCAGAGACGUGUACGCCUCCACAGUCAGCCACGACAACAUGCAGCAGAGCUUCUUUCUGUCCGAGACUCUCAAAUACCUGUACCUGCUGUUCUCGGACGAUGAUCUUCUGCCGCUGGACGACUGGGUGUUUAACACAGAGGCUCAUCCGCUGCCCGUUAUACGCAAGAGAUGCCUUCAGGAGCACAGCAACACACAAGAUGAUGAACAGACCAACCUGGAGUAGUAUUUACCAUCACACACACACACAUGGAUUCAACCUCAUGGGUCCUGACAUGGAUUCUCAGCUCCUUUUCUAUAAAGGAUGUCUUCAUAUAUAUAAAUAUACGCUGUGAUUGUAUAUCUCUGAGCCGAGGCUUCCCGCUCUCUUCGGUUGGUGGAAGCUUGUGCAACUUUCCGUGGACAAUCAGUGAAACGUGACUUUCAUGUGAAGAGCACCUUCUUUUCUUUGCUUCUUUCCUCUAUGAGGAAAAACGAAUAACUUGCAGCCCCGAAUCUGUGGGAGGAGUGUCGUACGAUGGCGGGCCGUGCUGAGCGAAAGAGAAAACCACUUUUCUUCACGUCUCACCUGUAAUUUAUCUUUUCUUUCAUCCUUUCAUUGUGUAUUCCUUUCCCGUCUCUUCUGCCAAAGCGUUUGCAGUCUUUUCUAUUUCCCAGCCUUUGAGAUUUUGUUCUAUCUAGAUUCGAUUCCUAUUUUGUGCUAUGAUUUCUUUCUUUUUUUUUUUCAAGGACUGAGAUAUUUACAAACCUGACAAAAGAAGGAUGCUUUGUGAAAUGUGUUGUACAGAAUUGGUGUGAACAGGAAGUUGAAUGAUGUCAUUGGCAGGGCAGGAUUGUUUUACGUGAUUUUAAACUUAAAAUGCUUCAGAUGCAUUGUGAGCCUCGGUGUUGUGCACGACAUUUCAUGUUUCAAAGACCAGCAUCACCAGAGCGGAAAAACACACUUGCACUUGCACCGGAUGGCCACUAGGGCUGGGCGAUUUUAUAGUGAAUAUUCAUUAUAUUUUUGCAUGCAAUUAUUUUAAUGUGCUUUUUAAGUCACACUGGUUUCAUGGUGGUUCUUCAGGAUCAAAAACAGGAUUUAUGUUUGAUUCAUGAAUCAAAUCCUUUUUAUGAAUCGAUUCAGAAUCUAAAGCAAAGAUGCAAUUGCAUCAUACUACAGAAAUCCAAACGAAUGUGAAUCACAAUUAUUUUAAUGCGCUAUUUAAUUAGUCCUUUAAAUUGUAUUAAGAUUGCAUGCAUCAGACUAGCUUCAUUAUGAUUCUUCAGUAUCAAAAGCAACAUUUACAUUUGAUUAAUUUCUGUAACUCGCCUCAAACUGUUUGAAUCAAUUGAUUCAAAAAAAAAAAAAAAAGAUUUUUUUUUCAAUAUUAUGAAUGACACUAUUAUUAUUUGUCCGUUGCAUUUCCUUAAGAUUGAGUUGUUAAAAUAGUUUCAUGAUUCUUCUCCACUGUCAAAAACAGCAUUUAAGUUUGAUUCAUUUCCAUGAAUCACUUCAAACUGAUUCAACAAACUGAUUCAAAACUCUAAAAAGCAAUGAUGCAUUUGUGUCAUCGAUCAAAAAUGCAAAAAAAAAAAAUGUAAAUCAUUUUAAUGUACUUUUUUGAUUUGUUCAUUAUAUUUCCUAAAUAUUGUAUCAUCAGACAGGUUUCAUAAUUGAUCUGCAAUUUCAAAAAUAGCAUGCAAGUGUGAUUCAUUUCCGUGUCCAUUUAAAAGAGUCGAUUCAAAGCUCUAAAGAUGUAUUUGAAUCAUCAUUCAGAAAUGCUGGAGAUUGUGAAUCACAUAAUUAUUUUAAUGCACUUUUUUAAUUCAUUCAUUAAGCUUCCGAAAAAAUAUCAUCAGUCUAGUUUAAUGAUUCUUCUACAGCAUUUCAGUUUAAUUCACUUCCAUGAAUCAGAACUCUAAAAGACUAAAUAUUUGCUUUUGCAUUAUCUCUCAAAAAUGCUGGAUUUAUAUUAAUUUGUUCAUUAAGUAUUGCAUCAUCAGACUAGUUUCAUGAUUCAAACGCAGCAUUUAAGUUUGAUUCAUUUCUGUGAAUCAGUUCAGAUGAAUCAAAACUCAUUUGCAUUUGCAUCUUCGCUCAAAAAUGUUCUCAUGUUUUAUAUUGUUUGAGUAUAAAUAUCUGUGGGCAAAAAGCUGCUGUUUAUGACCAUGUUCUGUUAUACUUGUGCGUGUAAAUGAAAACGAAUCAGCUGUGAAUAACUUAACUAAUUCUUUAAAUUUCCCAAAAUCAGCACAGAAAAUGUGAAACUGGCUGAUUUUUCAGCACUAUCGCCCAGCCCUGUCUCAAAGCAUCGAUGGUGAAUGUGAACGUUUUUUUUUUUCAGGGUUUUUGUCUCCUGAAGCGACAGUAAUGGUGAAAUGAAUGUCCUAUUUUCUCUCUCUUUCUCUUUUCUAAUUUUUAUGGACGUUUAUGAAAGACUCGCUCUUUUCGUUUUCCUCAGGUGUUUCUGUACACAGUUUUGAUUACAGUUAUUUGCACUAUUCAUUACGGUAGUGCCGAUCAUUGUUGAUUUGAACGUCUUCUGUCUCUCAUUGUUGGAUAUUUUCAAAAACUGGUAAAAGAUCUGUGCGAUUUAUACAUUUAAAAAAAGUGCACAAAUGCUC